AUGCAACGUAAUGUUUCACGACAGACAGUCGUCAAUUCCCUAGCCUCAUCAACCACCGCAACAACAGAUAAUACGCAUCGAAAACGAACUCGGUCGACAAACCUGAGUGAAAGCGAUGGACAAAGUCUGUCGUCGACGUCUAAUACUGCAGCCGUUACCAAACGACAACGAAAUACUGCCGUUUCUGCUGUAUCAUCGCCGAUUUCUAACCGUCCAAUUUCACAUUAUCGUUUUCGUAAUCGUUCUCAAACAAUAACUCGAUCUUCAACACCUGAUCCACGACAACGAUUAAUUUCACGACGCCAAAAUCAGAAUGUGGGGAUUAAUAAUUCAACAACGUCCAGCUCAAGAACAAUAACCACAACAAGGGCACUCAGAGAAGCUGAUAAUCAUGUUCAACAGCAAAAUUCGGGUUUGAUACUGCCACCUAUCAAUGAUACAAAUCGAACACGAUAUGAUUUUCGUCCCCGUACUCAACAACAGACACAAGCAUCACCAAUUAGACGUCCUCCCAUAGUUCCUAGAGACAGACCGUUAACAGCUGCACGUACGACUUUAGCGAGAAAUCGUGAAGAAAACUUGUCAAUGAGUAGUCCAGCUCCCGUCUUGCAGCGUCUUCCACUAAACUUUACUGAUGAACCAAUGGCAAUAGUAUUGGACACGGAUUCAUCAUGGAAUGCUAGUUCCCGUGAACCUGUACGAAACAGAACAACAACAGCAACAACAACUGUGCCACUUGCUCUUCCUACUACACCACGUCCAGCAACAAGACAAUAUCGUUUUAUUUAUGUGAAUGACUCAGAUGAUGAUGAAACGUUACCAUCAACAUCAGCGGAUAGCACCAGCAAUCCUCCAGUUGUUGUAUCGCAUGAUGACGAAUCAUCAACAACAACAACAAGAUCUCAAAUGACAUCAUCAACGACGAAUGCAACUACAAGGAGAAGAAGUAGUGGUGCAACGUCAUCGACAAAUGAAAGUAGUAAUCAAGAUAGUGGAAUGUCACGUGUCAGAUUAAGUCGAGCAAUCGAAAUCGUUAUUGAUUCUAUACAGUCGUUAGAAGGUGCCGUAAACAGUUUUGAUCAACUUGUAUUUGGCUUAAUCUAUAGUCGAAUGGGAUCGAACAAUUUUGAUGGAAUUGAAGGGAUGAUUCGUUUGAGUCGUAUAUUAAAUUUACCAACGCGUCUUACACAAACAGAAAUUGAUUCAUUGCCAAAAAUUGUCUUUGCUAAUAAAAUACCAACAUUGCUGAGAAAUGAUAAUGAAAAAGAAAAAUGCCCUGAGAAUGAUACAUGUCCGACUUGUCGGCGGAAAGUGAAUGGUGAAUAG